AUGAACCAAAGCUGCGACGCGCGAGGAACUGCGGGUAUGCCGGGCGCGUCAGACUUCAAGGUGAAGGACUUGGUGUACGUGCCAUGUGAGGGCAAGGAGGUGCCCUUUCUCGCUGGCCUUGUGCAGCAGAUCGAAGGCAGCGAAGCCGUGAUCCAGGUGGCAGAUGAGCAACUGCGUUUUCCCCUUGGAGAAUUGCGGCGUCGCUUCAAGCGCGAUGAUGGCGCAACAUGCGACGACAACACCUCCUUAGUCCACCUGAACGAUGCCACCAUUUUGGAGAACUUGAAGGCACGACAUGAGGCAGAUGAUAUCUAUACCUACACUGCCAGUGUGCUUCUUGCCGUCAACCCAUACAAGGACGUGAACGGGCUCUACGGAGAAUCCCAGUGCAAGAGAUAUCGGGGGAAGCACAUUGGAGCUUUGCCUCCACAUCCGUAUGCCAUUGCCGACACAGCCUACCGGGCCCUGGUUCGAGACCGCAAAAAUCAGGGCUUCAUCAUUUCUGGCGAAAGUGGAGCUGGAAAGACUGAGACCGCCAAGAUUGUUAUGGAAUACCUGGGCUAUGUGUCGGGUUCAACAAAUCAGAAGACAGAGCAGAUCCAAAGACGGGUGCAACAAGCCCAGCCGAUCCUGGAAUCUUUUGGAAACGCAGUGACCAUGAGGAACAACAACUCCUCUCGCUUCGGCAAGUACAAUCGCGUCUUCUUUGAUGAAACCGGCACUCUGGUUGAUGCCUCUGUGACCACGUACCUGCUCGAAAGCUCCAGGGUGGUGGUUCACGCAAAACGCGAGCGAACAUACCAUUGCUUCUACGAGAUGCUGCGAGGUUUGCCAGAUGAAAAGCUGUCUAAGCUGCAGUUGCAACGGGACAAGCUCUAUUUGCUGCUUGGAAGCGAGCCCACUGAUUCUCAGGACGAUCCUGUCCAAGAGAUGCAGUGGCAUGCGCAGUUCAAGGAAAGGGAUGCCAAACUCUUCCAACAUCUCUGCAGCGCCCUGUCCACCGUGGGUUUCAGUGAUGAAGAGAUUGAUUCCAUUUUCCAGGUCUUGGCUGGUCUCGUGCAUUUGGGCGACCUCUCGAACGCUGAAAAGGAUGAAGGCGAUGAGGCUGCAACGGUGCAGCUGGAUGAUCAGAUCUUGGACAAGGCCUCCCAGCUGCUGGGCAUGGACGCCGCCGAGCUGGGCGCCGCGCUGCGGCGCCGCAAGGUGCGCAUCCAACACGCCGGGCGCGAGUCGCUGCACGAGGUGCCACGCACCACAUCGCAGUUUCGGCAUGCCCUGCACAGCCUCAUCAAGGCACUGUACAAAAGACUCUUUGAGCGUUUGGUUCAACGCAUCAACAGUUCAUUUGGUGAGUGGAGACAAGCGCCGGAGGAGGAUGACCAAUGGCACCAGAUUGGCAUCCUGGACAUCUAUGGUUUUGAACGCCUGCAACGGAACUCCUUCGAGCAGCUGUGCAUCAACUUGGCCAACGAACGACUGCAGCAGUAUUUCGUUGAGAACGUGUUGGUGGCCGAGCAGGAACUCUACAAGCGGGAAGCUUUGCCAUGGGUGGGCCUCCCAUUGCCUGAUUCCACUCCAGUCGUCACGGCCAUCGUGCAGACCUUCAAGACCCUGGAUGAAUAUUCCCAGCAGUUGGCAAAAGGCUUCGAGAAGACUUCGGAUGAAUCAUUUUGCCAGAAGACGGUGGAAGAUUCCCAGAAAGAUACACAGCGGAAGGAAGUUCUUCGACCUUUGAAGAUGUCCAACAAGCGUGGCAGCAAAGCCGGCAUGGGCCUAGCGAUGAACGAGGGUUUCGUCGUCAAGCACUACGCUGGCUUGGUUGAGUACAACACCAAGGGCUGGCUGGACAAGAACAAUGACAGACUGUUGGUUGAAUGCGAAGAGCUCAUUUGCGAUUCCAACUUGCCCUUCGUGGCCAGCCUGGGCGAGUCUGAUGGUGGCAAAGUGCCUUUCAGAUCCAUCAGCAAGAAGUAUUGUGCGGAUUUGGAGAAUUUGUUGGAGACCCUGAACACCUGUCACCUGCACUACAUCCGCUGCUUCAAGCCAAACGAAUGCCAGAAGCCUGCGAUUUUCCACGAGACUCUGGUGAUGGAUCAGCUUGUGCAGUGUGGAACCAUCGAACUGGUGAAGAUCAUGCACGAUGGCUAUCCAAACAGAUGUCCCUUCAACGAGAUUGUGAAGCGCUUCCGAGAUUUGCUGCCCGAAAGCUUCCAACGCUAUGGCAUGCGCACCUUCAUCGAAGCACUCAUGUUGGCGUAUGAUGUUCCAAAGGAGGAAUGGGCCCUGGGAAUGUCGCGGCUCUUUCUGAAAGCAGGGCAAUUGAAAGCCCUAGAAGACAUGCGCACCGAAGGAGCUGAAGCGGAUCCAGAAAGGUUGCGGCAGAUCGUCCAUGACAUCAUCAGGAAGAAAUGGCUCCGUGCCAAUCAUGCCAUACAGCUGGUGAACUAUUUGCCGAGGUUUCUGUCAGCUCUGCGCACAGCAAGAGCUGCCCGGACACUCUGCACGCGAGCUCUGCUCAUUGGACGACUCCAGCCAAUGCUGACGGCAGCGAGGGAAAAGCUUCGGCUUCGAGCGCAAGCCGCCCGGCGCCGGCUUCGGGGCGCCGUGUGGACGGCGCGGCUGUCGGUGAAGUUGAUGCAGCAGGCGAAGUCCAAUCGACGAGAAAGACUGGUGAACGCGGUCUAUUUGAGGUGGCUCCUUCACAAGAGGCUCCAGCCUGCCAUCCAGGGCGCGCGCAAGCGGCUCAUUGCCCUAGAGGUUAAGCGGGAGGUGCAGCUGAUGGACACAUCUGAGAUGGGAAGGGGGGAUUGUAACCAUCAGUUUCUUGUUUUUUCUUUAUUCCGAUGUUUUCAUUUGAAAUAUGGGCAAUUUGAAGCAUCAAACAUGGCUAUAGCCAUGGGGAUGUGCUGUCAUCGUGAAUUGGAUUCAUCCAAUGGGGCAAAUCUACACCAACGCAGCAAUAGGCUGAACGUCGCCGUGAAGAAGAGCGACGUGCUGCAGAGGCACAAAAGACUCGCUAGUUCCAGAACUGACUUCAAGUUUCGAUUUUACAAAUAUGUAAAGUAA